UCCUUCAGCCUCUCUCUCUCUCACACACACAGUACUCGCAUUCUCUCUCUCUCUCUAUACAUAUCACCUUCUCGGCAGUUAAGCUGCUGCAAUCCCUCUACCUAAUUUUUCAACUUGUGUUCUCUUUGAUUUUCUCUCACAAUUCCAUUAUUUAAUUUUUAUGAUUGAUUGCAUAUUUCAUCCGUUUAGCUAAUAUAGUCUCGAAUCCUGAGACUGUUAAUCUUCUUGUCUUUGCGUGUAUGGGAGUGUGUUUGUGAGAGUGUAUCUCAAUAUCUGUAUAGAGCAAAACGAUGCCGUUGGUGAGAGUGGAGGUAAGGAAUGAAUAUGGACUCGGAGCUCCGGUGCUGUAUAGAGAGGCGAACGAGGAGGAUCCGAAGGAGGUGCUCGACGGCGUCGCUGUAUCUGGUCUCUUAGGGAUCUUACGUCAGCUCGGCGAUCUUGCUGAAUUUGCAGCCGAGGUCUUUCAUGGCUUACAGGAGGAACUGAUGAUAACAUCUUCUAGAAGUCAUAAAUUGAUGGCUCGUGUGCAACAUAUAGAAGCUGCACUUUCUCCAGUUGAGAAGGCUGUACUGGCCCAAAGGAGCCAUUUACAUUACGCUUACACAGCUGGUUCCAAUUGGCAUCCUCGCAUCCGGUGUCACCGAAAUCAUUUUGUAUACAGUGAAAUGCCCCAAUUCAUUAUGGAUUCCUAUGAGGACUGCCAUGGACUUCCACCUCUGUAUUUGCUUGAUAAGUUUGACCUUGGUGGCCCUGGAUCUUGCCUGAAAAGGUAUUCAGAUCCAACUUUCUUUAAGAGAGCUUCAGCAGGGGCUGGUGAAGCACGUACUGAGAAAAUUCAAAAAGAUAAAAAGGGUCGCAGGAUCCAGAGAAAAGGAUCAUGGGCCAGGAGUAGAAAAGUAUCACGAGAUGCAUCAUUUUUCAAUCAUAGUGGCAGAAUGCAAUUCAGUCAACCGAGUGUUGAUGGGAAAACUUCUCCUUUUCAAACAGUGCCCACAUUUGAUGCUACAUUAAAAUCUGAUAUGGGAGAGCAGUCAAAUUUGGAUUCAAGAAAUGAAUCGGGCUACAUUGAACAUGUUUUCUGCCCAACUUAUUCCAUGCAACCCGAAGAACUAGAAUCUAAAGAAUCAUUUUCUUCUCCAUUAAACAACCAAAGUUAUUCCCUUGAUUAUGAGUUUCUCAAGGAGAAAGGCGCUGAUGCGGUUGAUGAUAGUCAAAUCAAUUUAUCAGAAGCGCAAACAGGACGGACUUCACCUUCUGUUACUUGGGAUGAGAAGGCAGAUAUACUGGAGCCCAAGGCAGAGGAGUUUGAUAGUGAUGAAAAUUUAGAGUCAUCUUGCACAAAUUUCGACCUAGAUACACAGACAGGUGGAGCAGUUAGUUUUGGAACUGCUAGCAAAAUGGAGGUCCAACUUUGUAACCAUGAUGUGCCAACGUCAAAGCCUGGUGAUAUCCAGGUCGAUGACUUUGAGAGGGAUGGAGCAGUUAAUUUUGGAUCUGUAGACCAAAUGGAUGUCCAACUUUGGAAUCACAAUGUGCCCAUGUCAAAGCCUGGUGAUAUCCAGCUUGGUGACAUUGAGGGGGAUGGAACAGUUAAGUUUGGAUCUGUAGACCAAAUGGAUGUCCAACUUUGGAAUCACAAUGUGCCCAUGUCAAAGCCUGGUGAUAUCCAGCUUGGUGACAUUGAGGGGGAUGGAACAGUUAAGUUUGGAUCUGUAGACCAAAUGGAUGUCCAACUCUGUAAUCACGAUGUACCAACAACAAAGCCUGGUGAUAUCCGGAUUGAUGACAUUGAGGAGGAUGAAGCAGUUAAUUUCGGAUCCGUGGACCAAAUUGUUGUCCAGUUUCUUAAUCACGAAGUACCAUCGUUAAAGCCUGGUGAUAUCCAGCUUGACGAGAUUGAAAGUGAAACAGAUCAUUAUAUGGAUGCACUUAAUAGCAUGGAGUCAGAGCCUGAAACUGAUAUAGACUGCACGACGAAGCAAGAAGUACUGCAUUCCAAUACAUUGAAUGAUAAGAAAAUAGAUGAUGGAUCGUUUGGGAUUGUUAUGCAACAUUCUGACUGUCAUUCAUCAAAUUUUGAAUCCAAUUUUAUGGACAAUGGUUCUCUGAAUGGACAUAAUGCCAUUUCAGUGUCUCUGGAUACUCCUCCUGCAGCUUCUUGUUAUACUGACGAAGUAACAGAAGAGGAUAAAUUUAACUCAAUCUCCUCCGAGAACAAUGCCUGUUUGCCUUCCGCUGAAAUGGAUAGCAAGUCCUUGGAAACAGGCCUUCCACAAAAUGUUGAUGACUCUGACAGAGAAAUUGUUUUCAGCAAAGUAUCAUCAUCUAACUCUGGAGACGAUAAUUCAGGAAUGCCAAUGAGCACUCUUGAGUCUCAGAAACCUCCACCAGAAUCUUCAAAUGUUACUUCAGUUAAGUUCUGGACUAAUGGUGGCUUGCUAGGACUGGAGCCAUCAAAGCCUCCAGAUUUCAGUGUACUGAAUGCUCUCGCUCAAGAUUCUGUGGCCGAAAGAAAUGCCAAAAAUAGAACCUUUAGUCAGAGCAAUAAUUUUGGUGGCGAUGGAGAUAAAGGAAAACCCGAUCAAAGGGAAAAUGCACCGGCUGUCAAAUGGGGUUCCGAUAUGGGUUGCUCUACAUCGUUCCAAGAUUAUCAAGAAAAUGAUUUCUCUCUUAGGGAGAGAUCUUGUAAAUAUUCGCCUGCCGAUAUAAAUGCCAAAGCUACCACAGCGUGUCAGGAGAAUAACCGAAGUUCAUCUCGGAUGUUUGAAAUUGGUAAUAAAUUAAUUUUAAAUGGACCUAACAGAAAACUGUCACUUGGUGGAGACGAAAUUUCUGACCAUGGCAGCUACCUGAGUGCAGGUGUUUAUGAGCAUAACAAUAGUCAAAAGUUUGGAUAUCAAACAUUCCCAGGGACGACUAAAUGUUUGUUUGGAGGCAAAUCUCUGACUAGGUCACCUUCUUCAUCUCCACCACUUGAGCAUAUGAAAAUAUCUUUCCAGCCAAUAGAUGCCUGCGAGACUUCCAAGCUGAAAUUGAAAUUUCGUGAUGGUAAUAGUAGUUGUGAAAGCAGCAAAGAUACCUUUCACUUGUUUCAGUUGGUCCCAGAACCAUCCAUUGAACGAUACAGUGUUGGUUUAGACUCAGAUGAUGAUUCAUUCUAUAAAUCCUCUCCUUCUGUGUCAGAUGAUUGUCUUAGUCAUCACUCAGAAAUGAAUUCUGAGCAGUGGGAGUCUGGCGAAUCUCCCAGAAGCAAGGACCGUGAUUUAUAUGAUGCUUUGCGUAGAAUCUCAUUGUCAGAAUCUGUUUCAACAACUCUAGAAAUUGGGAAUGUCCAGGGACACACCCCCAAGAAUUCCACCCUUCCAAAUACAUAUAUUGAAAACGGUGUAGAAAAUUCUCAACCUGAAUGUUUGUUUGAUCUUCCGUGUCUUGAAUCCGUAAAUCAUUCAAUCAAGGAAGAACAGAGAAAAAAUUCCCUUAAAAAUAGUCUUCCAGAACCACCUACUCCCCCUCCUCUCCCUCCACUGCAGUGGCGGGUCAUGAAUCCACAUUCAGAUGAUGUAGAAUACGGCCCAGUUGCUGCUAUUCAAGCCCCUAACCAUGCAUUUGAUCUGAAACUUUCAGCCUCUACAAUUCCUCGGCAACCUAAGCCAUCCCCAGUUGAUCAAGAUCAAAUUAUUGAGGCUGAGAAUGUGCUAAAAAGCACGCAUUUGGAAUUACAGAAGCUAAAUGGAGGAAGCGAAGCUAAUCAAGCUGUAAAUGGCUUGAGUGUGGACGAAAAGGACAACUUCCUGCAGCAGAUUAGGACAAAGUCAUUCAGUCUGAAGCCAACUGUGACAUCAAAACCACUUUUCCAAACUGGGGGCCCUGCCAAUGGCAAAGUCACUGCAAUUUUGGAGAAGGCAAAUGCAAUUCGCCAGGUUGUUAGAAGCGACGAUGGGGAAGAUGAUAACUGGAGCAACCCUUAAAUUGUCGCCAGUACAUAAAAAACCAAUGGCUUGUAUUUUUUAUUUCGAUACUAGGUGAGCUGCGAUAUGUUUUGUUCAUAGCCCCAGUUCCUUGUAAUUAAGUUGUAGGUCUUUCUUGUAUCAUUCUCUGAGGUCGUUGCUUCGGCAACUUUUAACUUCGUUGUAAAAGUUAGGUGAAUUCCAGUUCUGCAAUGUUACUGAAUCUUGAGGCAGUUCUUUGCUUGAGCUUUGAUUGUACUUUGUAUUAGUUCGUGAUUAGAAAGUUACUGUCGCAUCACCAAAAUGGACCUUAUUCAUAAA